CACUCGUCACAGCCCAAGCCAAUGUCCGUGACCAAAUGACUUAGGCGCGAAGGCUCCUUCCUUGACAGAGGCCCCGGCGGUGACGGUAAUAUAACCAUCGCCUCGCCUAUAAGAAAGCGGCCAAGAAGUAGAGUCUCUUCACAUCUCGCAGUCGCAGCUACCGAGAAAUUCUCAAUCGUCGCCUGCAAAUCCGAGGCAGAAAGAGGUGAAGAAAAGAGAGGAAGGGAUAAUGAAGAGGGUCGGUGAUAUCCGUCAAGUUGCUGGAAACCAGAACAGCGUCGAGAUCGACGGCCUCGCUCGCUUCGCCGUCGAUGAGCAAAACAAGAAGCAGAAUGGUCUUCUGGAGCUUAGGAAAGUGGUGAAUGUGAAGCAGCAGGUGGUUUCGGGUACCAUGUAUUACAUUACCUUGGAGGCGGCUCAUGGUGGCGUCAAGAAAGUGUAUGAUGCUAAGAUCUGGGUGAAGCCAUGGAUGAAUUUCAAGUCGUUGCAAGAGUUCAAGCUCGUCGGCGAUGCUCCUGCUGAGGCUAGUGCUUAGUUUCGGGGUUCGCAAAGGAAUUUGCGUAGGCCUUCUGUGCUCAAAGCAAGGGCGAAGUGAACAUUGAAGACGAGCAAAUGAAGUUUCUUGUCAGAACAAAGAAAAACUAAACUUUGAUCUAUAAUAUAUACAUGCUGUAAAAGUUAGCCCGUUAUAUCCGUAGUGUCCAGCAAAUCAACGUUCUCUAUUGUUGGCUUUACAAUCAGAUGAAUAAAUCUUUAUAAAUGUACCA